CCUUUUUUUUUUUUUUUGCAUCAUCCUUUUAAGGAUAAAAGGCACUUUGAAGAUUCUUGUCUAAGCAAGGAAGGAAGUCCAGACUGUGACCUGGUACUCAAAUGAUGUCUCUAGUGUGCCUUGUGAAUAGAAGAGGCGGCAGGGCUGCAGGUAUCGUGACUCCUGGGCCUGAGUCAUGCCUCCUCAGGCUAUGGGCAGCAUGGAAAGUCCUGGCUUCCCUGGGGACCUCCAGCGCAGGCUGCAAGCCUGGCCGAAGAACAUGUCCUCUCCUGCGAGCAAGAGCUGGGAUGCUGGUUUCUCUCGGGAGGUGGCAGCACAGGCAGACACGAUUCGCAUCUGCAGCUUGGCGGCCAGAACUGCAAAGGGGUGGCAUCGAGGCGGUGGGGUUGGUGUGGGAUUCCUUCCUUCCUAAGGUGGAGCUCCGUAGUUGGAGGCGAGGAUUAGGAUGGGGAGCAUGGGGGGUGUUGGUGCAUAGGAGGGAUCUCUUCAAACGCUUUCUUGGAGUGCAAUCGGCACAACAUCCUCACCAUAACACACUGGGGUCCUUCUCUCCUGGUCACAUUCAUUUGUAUCAGCUGCAGCUGAUUGUCAAGUAUGGUGAAGGCCUGAGAUUCUGCUGUGGGGACAGUAUCAUUUGGUGGCCAUGGAGCAAGACCCCUAGCUACUUUCUCCCAUGUGUGGGGAAAGGCUGUCUGCAGGAGAUUGGGCACAGCCGUUACACAGCAUGGUUUUUGCAAGCACCUACUUACCUGCAGGCUGCCACAAUGCUUGUAUGUUAUCUGCAAGUUAUCAAGCAGCUUUAGGUUAAAUGCCAUGAGAAAGGAAGAGCAAU